UAGCUACCAAUUAGUGGUCUGAUCCAACAGCUACAAUAAUGUUACUGCUCCGUAGUAUUAUUCUCUUGAAACUAAAUGUUUUUCGCCGCUUGAACUUGUGUGUUGAUGUAUGCCUGUAAUUUAUCAGCGCUAGCUAGUUAUCAUUAGCUUACUAGCUAGCUGAUAGCUUUGUAAAACAGGCCUGUUUUCGAACACUCACGUUUGCCUGGUGUUCGGUACGCUAACUAGCCAUCUAAGCCUUUGGUCUGUUUGUGCUUUGGCUGGGGUGAAAAACGCUGAUGGCUCUCAUGGAUAAGCACAAAGUCAAGCGCCAGAGGCUGGACCGCAUUUGUGAAGGCAUUCGCCCCCCGAUUCUGAAUGGGCCGAUGCACCCGCGGCCCCUGGUGGCUCUGUUGGAUGGGCGUGACUGCACCGUGGAGAUGCCUGUCCUGAAGGACGUGGCCACAGUGGCCUUCUGUGAUGCCCAGUCCACCCAGGAGAUCCACGAGAAGGUGCUGAAUGAGGCAGUGGGCGCCCUGAUGUACCACACCAUCAGCCUUUCGCGGGACGACCUGGACAAGUUCAAGGGCCUGCGGAUCAUUGUGCGAAUUGGCAGUGGCUUUGACAACGUGGACAUCAAGGCUGCGGCUGAACUAGGUAUAGCUGUGUGUAAUGUGCCUGCGACAUCAGUGGAAGAGACGGCGGACACGUCCAUGUGUCUGAUCCUGAACCUGUACCGCCGUGUCACCUGGAUGCACCAGGCUAUGAGAGAGGGCACCAGGGCUUCCAGCGUGGAGCAGAUCAGGGAGGUGGCCAGCGGAGCUGCCCGCAUCCGGGGAGAGACGCUGGGCAUCAUCGGCCUGGGGCGAGUGGGCCAAGCUGUAGCGCUGCGGGCCAAGGCCUUUGGCUUCAGUGUGAUGUUCUACGACCCCUACCUGCCAGACGGAGUGGAGCGCUCUCUGGGCCUGCAGAGAAUGGCCACCCUGCAGGACCUGCUCAUCCACUCUGACUGUGUGUCACUGCACUGCAGCCUCAACGAGCACAACCAUCACCUCAUCAACGACUUCACCAUUAAACAGAUGCGUCAGGGAGCAUUUUUGGUUAACACGGCUCGCGGGGGCCUGGUGGAUGAGAGGGCCCUGGCCCAGGCACUGAAAGAGGGCAGGAUACGGGGUGCUGCCUUGGACGUACACGAGACGGAGCCCUUCAGCUUCUCUCAGGGCCCAUUGAAGGAUGCCCCCAAUCUGGUUUGCACUCCCCACGCAUCCUGGUACAGUGAGCAGGCGUCACUCGAGGCGCGGGAGGAGGCAGCUAGGGAAGUGCGCCGGGCCAUCACAGGCCGCAUCCCUGACAGUCUGAAGAACUGUGUGAAUAAGGAGUAUCUGAUGGCAACGCCCCAGUGGCCUGGCAUGGACCCUGGGGCUGUGCACUCCGAACACAACGGAGUUACUGAUUACAGGUUCUCUACUGGUCUAGUGGGAGUGGCAGCAGGAGGCCUGACGGGGGCAGGCGCUGCAGUGGAGGGAAUUGUUGCAGGGAACCUGGCUAUGGCACAUGGGAUUGCCCCCGUGUCCCGACCUCCCCACACACCGUCGCCGGGGCAACCCUCUAAAGCAGAAACAGACAGAGACAUGCCAACGGACCAGUAGCCAGCUACCAUUUCCCCUCUGGUCCACAACAUUCCGUCAUCACUCUUCGUGUUCAUGCAAGCAGAUACACUAGUAUUGAGGUCCAUUCUGACCCAGCUUUGGUCCCAUCCAACAGAACAGAAUCCUUCACGAGAGACCAGUCUGCAUAGACUCCCUACACUCGUCCUCUUUUCUCAUCCAGAAAGCAAUAAGUGGAUUACUCAAGGAUUUUUUCCCAGUUUGCUUUUAAACCCCUCUUUGUCUGACUUUCCUGUGGCUCAGUGUUUUUGUAAAUUACUCCUUUGCGGAGAGAAACCUGUUUAAUGUUUUUCCUGUAUUUUUUGUUGUUUUUUAUAUCAAUUGCUGUCUGACAUGCCAUAAAGUGAAGCAUGAGUCUGGAAUGGUAUAGAAGAUGAAUAGCAUUUUUUCCACUACUAUUUGUUCACAAACCUUACAAAGGAUUUUAUAUUAUUGGGCUCAAUACAUUUCUAGUUAUCACAAUAAAAGUGUGGCUCUGACUUUUUAUGAGCUUUUUGAUGUGAAUUGAAUAAUAUCGAAAGAUAUGCCUCUGCUGAUAAGGAAAAUACAUACAGCAUAUGAUGUUUGUCAAGACCACCACCUACACUUAUUUUCUCUGUUGGUCUUGGAAUAUUUUCAUGAUUAAAUGUAUAGAUCUUCUGCACAUCCUUGUGGUUGCCAAGACUAGAGGGACGGCGGUCUUCUUACCUUUCUAUUUCCUUUUAUAUGUUACCUUUGGAUAUGAAUACAACAUGAAAACUAUAUCUUUGCCAAGUACUCAAAUGAUCUAUCCUCCUUCACAGCACUCCAGUAUCAACAUUGCCCCUCAGUGUCUGCUGUCAUUGAUGCUAUCAUUUUGGGUGUUCAUCUUGUGUACUGCAGGCAUUGAAACUUAUUUUACCUGUAUGGAUUCCAUAGUGGCUGUCAAUCUCAAAUGGAAUGGCAUAAUGAGGCUUCAAGACAUUAGUCUGUCACAUUUGCAAGGAUGAUGGCAUCCUAGCAAAAUGUGUCCACACCCAUAGUAGUGUUUGUAAGGGGGCAGGAGCCCAGUUGAUGUUGGUUCAGUUCAAUGUCCUGACCACAUCAGGAACACUUCUGUUUGUUUUCUGCUCUGGGUGUACCUAGGGCUCACUGCUGUGUUUGUGUGUGCGCCAGGCACGCAUCUGUGGCUUGGUCACAGGGUUGUUCACAACCAUAUUCAAAACUUUUGACCACCGGGGGACAGCGGUUCAUUACUACUACAUGAAUUCGAGAAGUGAUUAGAUGGCUUAAUUUCAUAAUCGUCUUAAUCUGAAUUAAUGCUUGGUACUUUGGCUGGCUUCUGGUUUGAGCGGGUAUUGUGUCAAGCAGUGUACUUGUGGACAUAGACCAGGGAAUCUGUGGCAGGGAUAUCCAAUCUGUUUACUGACUAUCAAGGCCAGUAUAAGAACAGAUGAAGUGGAAAAUCGAGAGUUUAAGUUUGGGUGUGUACUUAGCAUUGCAGUCAGAUGUGGGUAAUGAAGUCCCUUAUUGUAUAAGGUCAGCAAUUCCGAUAUGCUAGUGGCAAAGCCAUACCCCCCCCCCCCCCCCCCACACACACACACACACACACACAAAAUUGGUCUGGGUACCAGUCUGUUUAGCUAUCAUUCCACUCCUUGAUAUGCUAAACCGAAUAAUCUUUGGCAUAUAUCACGAAGUGGAAUGAUAGCUAAAGAGACUGGUACCCAGACUACUUUUUGUCAUACCUAGGCUACCCUCGCAGGCCAACAGUCAUAGAAAAUCAAGGGAGUUUAUACAUGAUAUCACACUGGCACAGCUUCAGAGUUGUGUAAGUAUGUUACUGGAGAAGGGGACCUUCAGUCAAAGGUGGACAGCCUCCCAUAAUGCCUACUUGUAAUCAGGGGUAAUUUACAAAUGGGAAAGCAGUGGAACGGAAUUCUGUCAUCUUUGGCCAUCAUGAUCUAUAGAAUUUCAUUUCAACCCCUACUCGUAAUUACACACUGGCCAAGUAUAGGGAAAUGCCUGUUAUACCUCAUUAACAGAUAUUGAAUGUAGUUUACGCUCUGUUAUUCCUCUUAACAGAUACUGCUGAGAUCUAUCACCAAUUUAAAAUAUGUGGAAUCACUGUUGGCCCAUCUGUUAGUAAGAUGCAUGAUUUACUCUGUUUCAGCAGAUUUCUCUGAUUAACUAAAAGAAAAGAAAUCCUCCCGGAGGAGUCUUGACCUCCAUGCUUGUAGUUUUGAAGUUGUCUUGUAUGUUUCUCUUUAUGGGUAUUAAUGAAUUGGUCAUUAGAAUCCACCCCCCCCCCCCC